AUCACUUUAUUUUCUUUUUCUUCUCUGUCACACACAACUCCUCUCUUUUCUCUCACUUCACAUUUUUUUUUUCCUUUUGAAAAAAUAGUUAUCUUUUUAUUGAUUUUGUUAAAUCUCCAAGUAUUAACACAACCAUUCUUUUAAGGGCAAAAUGGAUAUAUCAACGGGUAUGAUGAUUGUAGCAAUUGUAGUGGCCUAUUUACUUUGGUUCAAGUCCAUCACAAAAUCCAUGAAAGGGCCCAAAGGCCCAAAAAUUUGGCCCAUUGUUGGAAGUUUACCCGGCCUGCUAGAAAAUGGUAACCGGAUGCAUGAAUGGAUCGCCGAAAAUCUUCGGGUCUGCACCGGUACAUACCAAACAUGCAUAUGUGCAAUUCCCUUUUUAGCCCGGAAACAAGGUCUCGUGACGGUCACGUGCGAUCCAAAAAAUUUAGAACAUAUUUUGAAGGUUAGAUUUGACAAUUACCCUAAGGGUCCUACUUGGCAAGCUGUGUUUCAUGAUUUGUUAGGUGAGGGUAUCUUUAAUUCAGAUGGUGACACGUGGCUAUUCCAGCGCAAGACUGCUGCGCUAGAAUUCACCACGCGGACCUUGAGGCAAGCUAUGGGUCGGUGGGUGAACCGAGCUAUUAAGAAUAGGUUUUGCCCGAUUCUUGAAAUGGCUCAGGUUCAGGGCAAGCCGGUUGAACUUCAGGAUCUUCUCCUGAGGCUCACAUUUGAUAACAUUUGUGGUUUGACUUUUGGUAAGGAUCCUGAGACGCUCUCUCCAGGGUUACCUGAGAAUAAUUUUGCCACGUCAUUUGAUCGAGCCACUGAAGCCACGUUGCAUCGGUUCAUUAUACCUGAGUUCGUCUGGAAGUUGAAGAAAAUGCUAGGACUUGGAGUUGAGGUGAGCUUGAGCCGUAGCUUGAAACAAUUGGACAAUUACAUGACCGAUAUCAUCAAUACACGUAAGCUCGAGCUAAUGAAUCAUCAAAACGGUGGGCCCCAACAUGAUGACUUGCUCUCUAGGUUCAUGAAGAAAAAAGAAUCAUAUUCCGACAAAUUCCUCCAACACGUGGCACUUAAUUUCAUCCUAGCUGGACGUGACACAUCAUCUGUCGCGUUGAGCUGGUUCUUUUGGCUUGUCAGUUUGAACCCGAGAGUGGAGGAGAAAAUACUCAUCGAGCUGUGCACAGUCCUAGUGGAGACACGUGGCAACGACACAUCAAAGUGGUUGGAAGAGCCCCUAGUGUUUGAAGAAGUUGACCAAUUGGCAUACCUCAAGGCAACAUUAUCUGAAACCCUAAGACUUUACCCAUCGGUGCCAGAGGACUCAAAACAUGUCAUUUCUGAUGACUAUUUACCUGAUGGCACAUUCGUGCCAUCAGGUUCAAAUAUCACAUAUUCCAUAUACUCCACCGGUCGAAUGAAAUUCAUCUGGGGAGAAGAUUGCUUAGAAUUCAAGCCAGAACGCUGGAUGUCAAAAGACGGUAACAAGUACCAAGUUCAAGAUGCAUUCAGAUUCGUGGCAUUCAAUGCUGGACCAAGAAUUUGUCUAGGCAAAGACUUGGCAUAUUUGCAAAUGAAAUCAAUAGCAGCAGCAGUGUUGCUCCGCCACCGCCUCGCGGUGGUACCGGGCCACAAGGUGGAGCAAAAAAUGUCAUUGACAUUGUUCAUGAAAUAUGGUCUAGUUAUGAAUGUUAACCCUAGAGACUUGACUCCAAUUCUGGCCAAAAUUGAGAAAUUUUGCAAAAUUGACCAUUCUUGUGGUGGAGAACAUAUGAUUAAUAAUGGUAUUAAUCAACCAGGAGCCACUGCAGUAAAUGGAAUUGCAGCUUGAAGAUUUAUAAAUCUUGCAAGUGAAAAUCAUAUAGUAAAAAAUAACUAUAUAUAUAUAGUAAAAAAGGUUAUUUUCAUAACUACUAGAUCAUAUGAAAUGUGGCUAUAAGACAAAUAAUGUCUACCAGGCUUUAUUUAAACAGUAGACCUGAUAUAUAACUUCUUUUUUCCCAAAAUUAGAUUACAUUUUUAACCUUU